UUCUACACCCUGAUAUUGCCGUGUUCACAACUGAGUGAGCAAAUAAAAGAACAGACAUUUACCGCUAGCUGAUUUUAAAGUGGAUUUCUGUGAGCAGGACCACUAAAAGCCAGCCAUGGAAGAACUUACGGCGUUCGUCUCGAAAUCUUUCGAUCAAAAACCCAAGGAGAGCACCAAGGAGAGUAUCACGUACAGGGAAGUUUUGGAGAGUGGCUUGUCGAGAGCCAGGGAGCUGGGAAACUCGGAGACAAACCUCCAGGACAUUACUGAAACAAGCAACCACUGUCCGGUGCAUCUAUUCAAGGACCACGUAGAGCUUGAAAAAGACAAACUGAAGGAGUUUAAUGUUUCAAGGGCUUCUGAAGGGAUCUAUGAAUGCAAAGAGAAGAAAGAGGAUGUCAAAUCCGAGGACGAGGACGCACAAAGCAAACUGAAGCAGAGACGCAGCAGGACGAAUUUUACGUUGGAGCAACUGAACGAGCUGGAGAGGUUAUUUGACGAGACGCACUACCCGGACGCGUUCAUGAGAGAGGAGCUGAGCCAGAGACUCGGCCUGUCGGAGGCCCGUGUGCAGGUGUGGUUUCAAAACAGGCGAGCCAAGUGUCGAAAACAAGAGAAUCAGAUGCACAAAGGCGUUAUUUUGGGGACGGCGAGUCACUUGGAAGCCUGCAGAGUCGCGCCAUAUGUCAACAUGGGGGCCCUACGGAUGCCAUUCCAGCAGGUCCAGGCUCAGCUCCAGUUGGAGGGCGUCGCCCACUCCCACCCCCACCUCCACCCGCACCUGGCGGCGCACGCCCCUUACCUGAUGUUCCCGCCUCCGCCCUUCGGACUACCAAUCGCGUCGCUGGCGGACUCGGCCUCGGCGGCUGCGGCGGUGGCGGCCGCCAAGAGUAACAGCAAGAACUCCAGCAUCGCCGACCUCCGACUCAAGGCAGGACUUCUUGGAGGCCAGUGGCUCAACCCUUUCCAGUCUCACAUCACAACCCCAGGACCGUACAAACAUCUCUGGAUGUCUGUCUGAACAAACCUGCAUUUUAAGAGAUGAGAAGACUUUUUUUCUUUUUUUUUUUUUAACAAAAAAAUCAAAGUGAAACAGAAAAAAAACUCUGGGGGCAAAGAGAAACAAAAUGAAAAGAAUGAAACAAGCGGGGCAACAAAGCUUGAGCUUUUGAGCCAAAAAGUGUAUGUAAUGGCAAGACUCGGGAGCGCGUGGAUGCCCUCUGUCACGUUACAAAAGACACACGCACACACGCACAGAUGCACAGACAAACACUACAACAAAUAUACACACACGCACGCACACACACAUACACACACACACAGGACGGUCUCCAUGUUCACCUCCAGCCACUGUGUUCCUUGUCACUGCUCACAGUUCAGUGCAUGUGCUCAAACGAAGAAAAACACCAUUUGGGGCUGGCCUCCACUCUUACUGAAAUUUGCCCUCCUUAUUGUUUUUUGAUCACUGCCACGACAAUUUUCCACUAUAUUUCUCAUCUAGUGCUAAGAAUUUAGACGGCCAUUUUCUUUUUGUCUUUUUGUUCGUUUGUUCGUUUUGCUGUGGACAGAGCUAGGAAGCAGCAAUAACACCACGUGUAAAAACAAAACAAAAAAACACAAAAACGAGAAAAAAAAGUAUUAGUUUUGGGGUAAGUUAUUGUUGUUGUUAUUAUUAUUAUUAUUGAUUAUUAUUAUAAUUCUGAUUAUAUCUAUUUUUUGGUUUGUUUGGAAACGUUAUAUUGCUGUAUUUUCUUCUGGGCAUGUCUGGAAGAGCUUUUGCUUUGGAGUGUCCCUCUCGGCUUUCUCUUGGCUUUCGUUCGUCCAACUGUGCUGUGUCCUGGGAAUAGAAGUGAUGAUAGCCUUUGCACUUCAGGUCUUGUUUAAGGAGUUUACAAUUCGCACUGCAAGAAGAUACUACUUCUUAAAAGGGGGAGGGGGAAGGAAUAUAAAAACAGUUUUUGUGUGUGUGUAUGGGGGGAUAAGGGGAAUAAGGAUGAGGGUGUUCUCUCUUUUCUUUUGGGGGGGGGUCUCAUGUCAUCACAAAGGCAUUCAAGUGACAUGUUUUAAAAGGAGAAAGGGUAACUGCAAUUUUGUAAUUUAAAAUAUCAAGGAGGCAUCAGUUAAACUGAAAUGCAAUUAUGUGCAGUUAAAGUGCAAUACUGUAAAUAUGAAAAAGUUAAAAUAGCGGUUAAAAUUGUUAAUGAUUAAUUAAAAAAUGAAAAGGACAGCGAUUUUCAGUCAUUUUUGGCACUGAUAUCGGUGUAUGAAACUUCUUUGCCAAACAGACACAAUUUCUUUUUUAGGCUGUGUGUAUGGUAAAUCAUCUACAGAAGUUGAUGGUAUUGCAACAUAGUUUUUGUACAUUUUGAAGGAAACCAUGGCAACUUGCUGAGGUAGGCGAAACGAUUCUGUUAAAUUCUGUUCUGAUCAGCAGCAGAACUGCUUGGAUCAGGUAUCAUUGACAUCUCUGGGUUUAGUAAGGGUAACUAAAGUCCACCAAAGUUAACGUUCAACGCAGAUUUAUUUUCUAUGAUUUGGUUUUAAUCUUCUGCCAUUCUUUGUAGGGCAUAACUGCUUGAUCACGAUCAAAACAGUUUUGAUCUGAAAAUGACACAAAGUACAUUUGAAAGAAAACUGUCUCUCUGCCACAAAAACAAGCAUGCUAGUCAUUAUGUUGCUAUCCAUUUGAAAAUAAGUGAAGACACUUGGGUAGUUGCCACCAAUUUGGUAUGUGGGUGUGGGGGAAAAAUGGCAUUGUUUGCAACACUACUCUCAGUAUGCUUUGAAUAAGCAUACUGUUUGCAAUGGCCUUCAAACCAGUAGAACCCAGAAAGGUCUACCUCCACCGGUAUGACAUGUUGUGCUGCAUAUGCUCUUUCCACCGCCUGUAGAGUUGUUUUAGUGAUGUUUCCAUUUUUUAAAUUAAAUCCAUGGGUGCUUUUAUUUAUUAUGUUGUCCAAAGGUUUAUGAAGGAAAAUAGUUGGACUACACGUGUACAUUUUUACAUGGCUUUGCAUUUAUUUUUAUAUAUUUUUAAAUGUAAACAUUGUUUUUUCUUGCCACCAUUUUGAAUAGCAAAGUAUGAUUGCGGAUUAUGAUUUUUUUUUUGCCUAAAAUGUAGCGUGUCUGGGUUUACAAAACAUUUCAGGGAUGGUGGAUCAAACCAUAUGACUUUGUGUUGCGAUUUACGUAUACCGCUCCAUGAAAUUUGUUGAUACCCAUCAGUACUUUUAUUGGCAUUUCAUAUGCAAGCAUGCGUAAACAUGAUUCACCAUAGAGAUUGUUUUUUUUUUUUCUGCUGAUUCACAAAAUAUGAAUGUACAUCUUGUACAAGUAAACUAUCAAUAAAGUUAUAAAUAUUUGUAA